GUCCGAUGUCUUCGUGGAAGAGCGGUGAAAGCGUCUGCACCACGUCCGUCGAUCCUCUACAGCCUCUCGAACGGAUCUAGAGAACUAGUGAAGGAAGGAAGAGGGAAGAAGAAGAAGAAGAGAGAAGAAUAUCGGGUAGUGGAAGGUGUGUUGGCGCGCGAGAAUAUAGAAUGCGCGAUCAUGAAAAAUUCCGUGAAAAUCUCGAGUGUCUAGGAAGUUUGGCCGGCGAAUGGGAAAAUCUGGCGUGACAUUCCUCCGCAAUCAGACUGCCGGAAGAUGUUUCGAGGCACGAUAUCGCGGGAAACGUGGACUCUUGCCUUGCUCUUGUUUCUUUUCGCUCACGUGGCUUGUCUGGAUGUUAAACCUCUGCGUAAUAAUUCUUUCACUACCUCGAAUUAUGGUACGACGAAUUCGACCCGUUAUCGAAAGGGCAAGUUCUUGUUUGAUGAAUUGUUCGGCCUUGACAUAAGUAGCAGCGUGGACGACGAUGAUGUUGUAUCAAGGAAUUGUACAUGCGAAUGCGGUAUAUCGAAUCAGGAGGAUCGAAUCGUCGGUGGACGACCGACAAUCCCGAAUAAAUACCCGUGGGUGGCGAGGCUCGUGUACGAGGGUCGUUUCCAUUGCGGAGCCAGUCUCGUUACCAAUGAUUACGUUAUUACCGCUGCUCACUGUGUACGAAGAUUAAAACGUUCAAAAAUACGUAUAAUAUUGGGUGAUUACGAUCAAUACGUGAAUACCGAUGGAAAAGCUAUAAUGAGAGCAGUGAGUGCUAUAAUUCGUCACAAAAAUUUCGACAUGAAUUCGUAUAAUCAUGACGUUGCUUUGCUGAAACUUCGAAAAUCUGUGAAAUUUUCCAAACGUGUCAAACCAAUAUGUUUACCUCAAAAAGGUAGCGAUCCAGCUGGUAAAGAAGGUACCGUAGUAGGCUGGGGUCGGACAGCGGAAGGUGGUAUGUUGGCUGGACAAGUCCACGAGGUUCAAGUACCCAUAUUAAGUUUAAUACAGUGUCGUAAAAUGAAGUAUCGAGCUAAUCGAAUCACGGAUAAUAUGAUAUGCGCUGGUCGAGGAAGUCAAGAUUCUUGUCAGGGUGAUAGUGGCGGACCUCUUCUCGUGCAGGAAGGCGAUAGACUCGAAAUAGUUGGAAUAGUUUCUUGGGGUGUUGGAUGCGGAAGACCAGGAUAUCCUGGAGUUUACACAAGAGUAUCUAGGUACCUGAAUUGGAUUAACACAAACAUGAAACAAGGGUGUAUAUGUACAAAUCGGGCAGAAUUUGAUCGACGGAAAAUGAGGUUCUCCCCGUGCAUUGGAUUACUAGUGGUCCUGGGUCUGGCUUCAACAAGUUGUCAAGCAAGUACUAUCGGUGAAAAGGUGAAAAACUUUUUUGGUAUAUUUGGUAACAAACCACCGUAUGCUGUAGAAGCACCUGGACCAUGUUACUGCAGCUGCGGCCUGCGAAACGAAGAAAGUCGAAUAGUUGGUGGUCAAACGACUCGUAUGAAUGAAUUCCCAUGGAUGGCCAGGCUUUCAUAUUUAAACAAAUUCUAUUGCGGUGGAACAUUGAUAAACGAUCGAUAUGUACUCACUGCUGCUCAUUGUGUCAAAGGCCCCAUUUUCAGGUUCAUGUGGUUCAUGAUCAAGGUCACGUUCGGUGAGCAUGACAGGUGCACCGAGAAAGGGGUUGAAACCAGAUACGUGGUGAGAGUGUUAACCGGUGAUUUCAGUUUCCUUAAUUUCGACAACGACAUUGCCCUGUUACGUCUUAACGAAAGAGUGCCCCUCAGCGAUACCAUAAGGCCUAUAUGUCUGCCAUCAGUAAGAGAUAAGCAAUAUAUCGGAUCGAAGGCAAUCGCGUCCGGCUGGGGUACGUUGUACGAGGACGGUAAGCCUUCUUGCCUGCUGCAGGAAGUCGAGGUACCGGUUAUGAGCCUUCAGGAUUGCCGUAACACAAGCUACAAUCCACGCAUGAUUUCUGAUAACAUGAUGUGCGCAGGAUAUCCCGAUGGCCAGAAAGAUUCUUGUCAGGGUGAUAGUGGAGGACCACUCGUAACCGAACGUGAAGACAAGAAAUAUGAGCUUAUAGGUAUAGUAUCCUGGGGAAAUGGAUGUGCUCGGCCAGGAUAUCCUGGUGUUUAUACGAGAGUUACACGAUACAUAGACUGGAUCAUUUAUCAUUCUCGAGAGGGAUGUUUCUGUGAACAGAAUUAA